AUGUCUUUCAAUAAGAAAUAUGCCGGUCUUCCUGAUCUGGACCCAUCCCCAGAUAUUUAUGAAACCCCCGACUUGACCGACGAAGCAUCCACCUUGCCCACUGCCACUAUCCGCACAGACUCCGACCAUGAUGACGCAGGUUCAAACUCCGACAUCGACCGCGAGGGUGUCAACCCGGACCAGGCGCGUAUGCACUUCAUGGGCGCGGCCGUGGAUGCCCGCGACGUCAAUUUCUCAGAUAGCAUUUCAAUGAAGCGGCAGGCUUACCGGAGCAAGAGCAUGAGCCGCCGCCGUCGGCGGAGACCCGAGGACGGGGUAGAGGAGGUCGGUGACCUGAGUGACAGCGAAGACGAGUCGCUUGAGCGGAGGCUUGCGCGGCUACGAAGGGAGGUCGAAGAUCUCAAGGUGGAAAUGGCCAACAAAACCGACGGCGCAAAUGCUGGAAAUGGAUCGUCGCAAGGUGCUGCAGCGGUUGAAAAGUCAGGAGAGAACCUAGGUGAUGGCGUUGCGGAGCUGAGCCGCGCUCUGGACAAUCUGCACGCCUCGAGAGGUGCGGCGAGCUCAUCGCACUCGGCUGCAGCACUACUGUCCCAGAAGCUUGGAUCCCAGACUAGAUCUGCUACAGACGCAAAGACACAACCCUCGGCCGAUGCAUCAAAGGCAGUCUCCACAGUGUCAGCCCCAACUGCCUCUUCUUCGUCAGGGCUCCUCUCUCACGCGGCAGCAUUCGACGGUCGCCUAACGCUUCUUGAAAGCUCCAUCGGUAUUUCAAGUUCAUCCAACCCCUUCAUCGCCGACGGCGUCAACGACUCAACGUCGCACCCAGUCCUCCCAGCUCUGGACCAGCUCACCUCCCGGCUCUCAGCACUCACCGGACUUCUCGUUGGCACGGGCCCUGCAUCCGGAGCGCCAGGAGUAGCCAAUGCCGCGCCAGGCAUGACAACCCCACACCUGGAAGCUCUUUCCACGCGAGUGCGAAAGUUGACCACCGACGCCGAAGCGCUCACCGCAGCCCGCAGAAAAGCCUUCGAGGCCGCAAAGGCCGUCCACAAUGCCCGUCUAGCAAGUUCUGACGCCGACAUCGUCCCCGCACUAGAAGCAUCGACCGACGACGACCACGCCGCCAAAAUACAAGCUCUCUACACCACCCUCCCAACCAUCCAGUCCCUGCAUCCCCUGCUCCCCGGCGUUCUCGAGCGUCUGCGCUCUCUGCGCGCCUGCCACGCCGGCGCAGCCCAUGCGGCGGACUCACUCAACGAGCUCGAAAAGCGCCAUGCCGAGAUGGCGUCGGAGAUCGAGCAGUGGCGUGAAGGUCUAACGACCGUCGAAGAGAAGAUGCAACAGGGUGAAGCUGCCCUCCGCUCUAACGUGGAGACUGUCGAGCCCUGGGUGCGCGACUUGGAGUCUCGUCUGGCGCGUUUGGAAGGUCCCUCGGCAUUGUAA